UUCGAGGUGUCUGUGCCCGGGGACGGGGAGGACCGGACCGGAUCGGUGGCGGCUCCUCCUUCUUCUCCUCCUCAUCGUCCCGCAGACCGGCGGCUGUCGUGGCGGAGCUCUCGCUGCGUCAAUGACCUUUUGAGUAAAGCUUUACCUGGCGCCAGAAAACUCAAGUGAACUGGCCGCGGAGGCGAGUGUCAACGAGGACCUCGUUUGUUGGGAUGAGAGCUGGCGGGGCGUUCGGGGGAUCCCUCAUCGCCCAUCACUGACCCCACCGACAGGAGAGCUGAUGCCAUUGAAUUAUGAAUUAGACUUGCUGAAGUGACCUGGUGCUUGGAAAAAGGGAAAGAAAAUGUCUUGCCGUGAGUUUAUUGUGCUGUACACUAUUCAGAAAACACAAAAAACAAAGAAAUGGCAUGAUGGUGUUUUAAAGACCAGUUCUUCUGGGAAUAAGGCAACUUUGUAUGACGAUAAAGGACUCUGUCUGGAUCACAUAUAUAUCAAAUUUGGAGAGAUAAAAUCAGGCAAGGAAUUUGAAAGUGAUCGAUAUUUAAUCACUGUGGAAGAAGAAAAAAUAUUUCAGGAAAAGGACAUUAAUUGCAUCAGUCAAGAAGAAGCCACAAAACUUGUCAGAACUAAUGUAAUCCCCACAAAUCUAACUCGAUGUCACUUGCCUGUGGGUCUGAAACGAAAAUACACUGGCUUCCAAGGACCUCGGGAGAUAUCAAAGAAACUGACAACAGAGCAGAAUGAUGUAUCAUGCGUAAUGACUAAAUCCCAGCAGCCAAUCUCUUCAUUCCCUCAGCUUUAUGGUACUUCACCACUUUUUUCUACCAUGUGCACAAAGAAAACCUUAAGUUGCUCUUCUCUUCUACAAGAGGAAUCUCCAGAAACGAAUGAGGGAAAUUCAACAAGUGAAACCACGUUAAGCUCUAAAUUACCUACCACACUGGCACUGAGUCAGUACUCUAAAUUGAGGGACAGUGAAGAAAUGAAUACUUUUUAUUCAACUGAUGCUGGAUUCACUGCAAUGAUUUCCCAUCCAGAAGGCUGUUCCCAUAGUAAUGGAACACAUGAGAAUAGGAGGAGCAAAGCACAAAUUUUAGCAUUGCUUGACAGAAAAACAUGGUCAAGCUGCAAUAUGCUAGAAAAUUCUGAACUUAAUCCACAGGAGUCUAUAGUUGGCUCUCACAUUGCUCAUACAGCAGAUGUACCUGGCCUUCAAGCUGGCUAUUCUUGUGAAAAGGCAGAUCCUAGAUUGGCGCCACAUUGUGAUAUGGAAUUGCUCACAGACUGUGAUUUAACUGGAAAUUUGUCUGAAGGUUUAGGUAGAGGAAGUUCUUGGAAUAUUCAAGAAAUGCAACAGAAGUGUAAGGAGAAGGAAGAUUCACCUAAUUCAAGCACAAGUGAGCAGACCAAACCGAGGGAGGUUUGUACAACUACCAGAGAAACAUUGGACAAUGAUGUUUGCAAGGCAAACAAAUGUUUUAUCAAACUGGACAAUCCAUCUAAGGAGUUGCUUUCUACAACUGACAGUGGCCAUUUUGAGAAACUAAUUGCACAGGUAGAGUUGGGCACCAUGAACACAAAUUUUGCUGAUAUAAACUUUGAUCUACUAGGUGAAUUUUUCUCAGAAAAAAACAGAACAACUAAUCUGUAUGAAAAUGAAAUAUUACCGCAAAGAUCAUUGAACAUAUGUUCUACCUCUUCUGAACCCAUUUCAACACUUUCUGUACUUAAAGGUAUGGACGUCCAUCAAGCCGACCAUAUAAAAUUGGAAGCUCAGUCAUCUGUUGCUGAAGAGAAGGAUUUGGAUCCAAUUUUGCAUGGAGAGAAACAAACUGAAAUUAAAACCAGAACUCUCCCAAGCACUGCACCUUUAUCAGAAAAACAUUCUUCAGAUGCUUGGAAGAAAUCUAUACAUGAAUUUAAAGAGCCCAGGUCAAAAACUGAUAACUAUUCUUUCAUUCAUCCUCCAGAAGACACCAUCUCACUGUUAAAAUCUUUAUCUGAACAUAGCACUGCAAUAGAAAGUUUAGAAAAGCUUAAUGUACAAAAACAUUUUGAAGACUGUGCAAUCAAUGAGGGCCUGGAACAAGCAUUUGAUCAGUCAGAAGGCAUUACUAGGGGAAUGAGUUCUGAGAAUGAGGAUUUGAAGCAUUGUGAUAUUUUAAGCCAGAAUCCCAACUAUAGUCUUCCAGAAUGUAAUGCAGACAGAGUUUCAACAGAACAUUCUUUCCGUACUCCAAGGAAUUCAUCCACAGAAUUCAGUUGUCUGGCUGAGGCUGCAAAAUAUGUUGGAAUGUUUGAAGAACAUGUUGAUGACAACUGGGUUGAAAGAAUAACAACAUGUGACAGACCACUCAGGACGCUACGGCUUGCAGAUUUACCAAUGGAUGCACCAAGUCUCCAUGAUGAGAGUAAUUUUAAUGUUUCUACGGACAACAUGUGUGCCUGGUAUGAAGAUGAUCAAGUACCAGUGGAUCCUAUUUUAUCAUCAUACGUUCCUGGUCAGCUGAAUUCUUCUGGUUUGCAUUCUGACUUUGAUUUGAUGCAGCGGAACUUGCACAAGAUAAACUCUCCAAUGCAACAGGUGCCUUCAGUGGAUGCAUUUGUGGGCAAUGUGCUCAGGCACUCAAGGGACAAUAAUGUGGGAGAGCUUGAUUAUUCAGUGCCAAACCACCAACCGAGAACCAGCGGAUGUCCCUUUGGUAAUGAAAGGGCAGAUAGUUUUGUGAAGGAUGGAGAGUCAAGAAUCCAAUCAGCUUUAAGACUAAGAAGUCCUCUUGUUACUUUGCCUGCAACAGACAGGAACAUCAACCAGAGUCUCCCUUCAAAUUUCUUUGGAAAUCUUUCAAGUGUAAUUGAACCCCGCACUCACUGCUCAACUAUUUAUGCAAUGAAUAGCCAACAAGGAGAUUUAUGUGAUUCUUCAGAAAAGAGACUCUGGUCUAAGUAUGUGAACAAUAACUGUAAUAUUUCUGAAAGCAGUGAUGCUUGCAUCCAGGAAUAUUCAAAACCAAUGGACCAUCAUUCAGCUUUACAGAGUAGGUCUAGCAAAUGGAUGAAAUACCAAAUUGCAGCACCAACCAAUCCAACAUCUCUGAAUGAUGAUGACCAUGGUGAAGAAAAUCAUAUGUUUAAGAAAGGAAGUGAAGAAGUGCUUAUGAUCCAGGAAAAUAUAAAAGAUUCUCUUUCUGUUCAGCUGAUAAAACACAAACUGGUCAAACAGCAUGGAAAUAUAUUGGCAGUAGAUGAAACCUGUUCUGCACCAAACAUCAGUUCCAUACAUAAAGGGUACAGUGUACCAAGCAAAGCAAAUCAUGUUCUUAACAGGAAAAGUUCUAAUAAUAUGUCACUCUCAGAGUUGUGCUUCCCCAAAGCUGAUAUAGCACAAGGAGCAAAGACUCGUAAGAGACAAGUAACCAUUCCAACCACCUUCCUCAGUCCUGCACAUUACAAGGAAGUUUUCACAGCAGUAAUAACAGAACAUCUCAAUGUUUUGCUCUAUGAACUAUCUCAGAAACUUCACAAAGCUUUGUCAAAAGUUGACAUGUCUCAAUAUUCUUCUGAAAAAGCAAGCAAUACUAAAAAAGAGAGGAAUUUUGUCCCACUUUGUCAGCAUCAACAGCCUGCCAAGCUUGUCAUGGUUAAAAAGGAAGGUCCAAAUAAGGGUCGUUUAUUCUAUACUUGUGAUGCCUCAAAAACCGACCAGUGUAAAUAUUUCAAGUGGUUAGAUCACGUGCAGCCCAUUGAAUUGAGUCAGAAAAUGGAGCCUCAGUCUAAGUUGAAGCUGCCUGAUGCCCAGAGUGUGGGUGCCUUUGUUAGAAGUCAGCAUGUUCCAUUGUACUGUGAAUGUCAACUUCACAUAAGGAAAACACCUACUUUUCAAAGAAAAAGAUUUUAUCGUGGAAAGUGGGAAGAAUCAAUAGACAAUGGGAAUUUGGAAAACUGCUGUAAAACUAAGUUGUACCUUUGGUUGAGCAGGAAAGAACACUCAUCAGUCUACAGUAAAGAUGAUCUCUGGGUUAUAUCAAAAACCUUGAAAUUUGAUCCAGUUGACACUUUCAUUGCAUGCAGUGUUUUCUAUGGGCCGUCAUCAACCAGUGAAAUAGAACUUCUGCCACUGAAAGGCUAUUCUCCUUCUAACUGGCCUUCAGACAUGAUUGUUCAUGCCUUGUUUGUUGGGAAUGUUAGCACUGAGUUAACUUCUCUGAGAAAUCUGCAGGAACAUGUUAACCCAGCUUUCCUUCCUCUGAUGCCACACUUGCUCAAAAUGCCUGGUGGCAAAGAUGAAACGAUAAUCAACUCUGCAAGGCAACGGUUUGUUUCUCCUGCAUUAACAAAGCCAGCAGUAAUGACUGGAUUGUUGUGUAAAGAAAGGACAAUGCUGUUGACAAUGGAAAUGAUACAGAAGUUUCACCUGAAUACAGAUCAGGGAGCUGCAUUCAGACAAGUAGCUAUAAUGAUGGCGAAAGAAGAACAUUCCCAGCAUCUCAUUCUGCCAGUCACUAUCAUACAUGGUGUCUAUGGAGCUGGGAAGAGCUACCUGUUAGCUGUUAUGAUUUUAUUCCUUGUACAUCUUUUCGAAGAAAGUGAAGCAACUGAAGGCCCCAGACAGGUUCAGUGGAAACUUCUCAUCUCUGCCUCUACAAAUGUAGCUGUGGACAGAGUACUGCUUGGGCUUUUGGAACUAGGAUUUGAUAAAUUUAUCAGAGUUGGAAGCAUUCGGAAGAUUGCCAAACCCAUCUUGCCAUACAGUUUACAUGCAGGUAGUGACACUGAGGAACUACGAGAACUACAGGCACUCCUUAAGGAUGAUCUGACACCAGUGGAAAAGAUGCAUGUAAGAAGGUGUAUUGAACAGCACAAACUGGGCAGGAACAGAGCUAUGCUCAAGGAGGUGCGAGUGGUGGGAGCUACUUGUGCUGCAUGUCCUUUCCAGUGUAUGAACAACCUGAGCUUUCCAUUGGUGUUACUGGAUGAAUGCAGCCAAAUCACAGAACCAACUUCUCUCCUUCCUAUUGCAAGGUUUGGAUGUGAAAAGUUGAUCCUUGUAGGAGACCCUAAGCAAUUGCCACCUACCAUCCAAGGCUCUGAAAGUGCUCAUGAUGCUGGCUUGGAACAGACUCUCUUUGACCGAAUGUGCCUGAUGGGCCAUAAACCCAUUAUGCUUAGGACUCAGUACAGAUGCCAUCCUGCUAUAAGUGCUAUAACCAAUGAACUCUUCUAUGAUGGGAGUCUUAUUGAUGGUCUUCCUACUUUGAAACUGAAUCCUUUAUUGGACUGGUUGCCUACACUUUGCUUUUAUAAUGUUAAAGGACAUGAGCAGAUGGAGAUGGAUGGCAGCUACCAUAAUCUGGAGGAAGCAACAUUCACUGCAAAACUCAUCCAGUCCCUGAUAGCCAGUGGCAUUAAGGGGUCUAUGAUUGGGGUGAUAACAUUAUACAGAUCUCAGAUGUGCAAGUUAUGUGGAUUACUUAAUUACACUGCUCAAUGUGACCUAGCUGAUAUUAAAGCUGUUCAGGUUUCGACAGUGGAUGCUUUCCAGGGAGCAGAGAAGGAGAUUAUUGUCUUGUCUUGUGUGAGGACUCGACAAGUUGGAUUUAUAGACUCUGAGAAAAGAAUGAAUGUGGCUUUGACCAGAGGAAAAAGACACUUGCUAAUAGUAGGCAACCUGACCUGUCUUAGAAACAAUCGACUGUGGGGAAAAGUUAUUCAUCACUGUGAAGGAAGAGAAAAUGGUUUGAAGCACGCACAACAGUGUGAACCAGAGCUAGAAAAGAUUUUAAAAUCUUAUAAUGACCAGCAGUUGACAGAAAAAGGCCGAAAAGAAAAAAGAAAACUAAAGUCCAGAAGCAAAUCUGUUCUGCCUGAAGAGAACAACAAAACCGUUAAUACUACUGAAAGUUCUGAAGGAAACGAAACACAUGAGGUGUAGGACUGCACAAGUUAUCCAAGCUGACUAACCACUGGCAAGUCACUUAAUUUAUUACCGCUUGUGUGGAACAUGUAUCCCAUGAGUGCCUCCCAUCUCAAUUAGACAAUUCAGUCUGUGUUUGCAUCUCCCCAUAUAGCAGGAGGAUCGUCCAGGCACCAAGGGGAGGAAUGAAGAUGUAUCUUUUUAACUAGCUAUAGGGCAGCUUAUGGGCUGAAUUGUGCUGGCCCAGGCCCACUGUCCAGACUUGCCACCCAUAGUGCACACCCACUUUUUCCAGUCCUUUGUAGUAUAAAGCUGAGGGGUAAGAUAUGGACUCUCUCCUCGACACAUCCCUUGCACUACUUCUGGGCUUGGUGAUGGAUCCAGCUGUAGAGCAGGGGAUCAGGUAUGCAAUCUGAUUUCCAGCUCACCUCAGAACUAUAGAACCUCUAGGUGUCAGACAACUCAGUUUGGUUCUAUGUGUUACUGAAUUGUCAUUUAGAGCCACAAAAGCACCAUACUUGUCCUACAUGUUGCCUUUCUUUUCAAGUUGAAACUGCAUGCCUUCCUGAAUCCACCAAAUUUAAUGGCUGGGAAAUAAGUUCACACUUGAAACAAAUAGAUAGAAGAGCCAUGUGAAAUGAGAAAAAGCUGACAGCUCAAGAACACAACUGAAUUUAAAAAGUUAUGUUAAUUGCAUAACUUAAGUAAUUGUUACAUACCUCAUUCCUUUACUUGUAUUGGAAAAAACUACCUUUGUCCCCUGUUUUACUGCUAUCCAUGUGUCCCCAGCCCUAUAUUUUCCCCUGCAACCUAUUUCCCCUUUUUCAUUAUUUCACAUUUUAUUAAUACAAUACUCAUUCAGCCUACUUCCAAACAUGUCUUUCGGUCAACGUCCAGGGACAGGAUCAUAUCUGCUCUCUGUAUUGUGUAAUGUCACACAAGCAUUCUCUAUAAACUUCAGAAGAAAAGCAAAUAUGAUAUCUACAUAUGACCUAUAGCAUUACAUGUUUAUAACAAUAGUGAACACAGUAAAAAUUACAAUGUAUAGAAUGACACCAGCAAGAGUACAAUAAAUUGACACAAGUGCAUCAAUUUUACAUAGUUUGAUCUGAAAGGAACAUGCAACUGGAUUUUGAAUGACAAGAAGGAACAUUUCAUAUUAAUCAAAUAGAAUUUUGUCUGGCAGAUAUGGAAGAACAUAACUUUUUGCCUUCUGGCCUUCUAGAAGCCAAAUGUAAUAUAUGCAGAUCACCCUGACAAAGAGUUGCUGGAGAUGUUUCCUGGUGAAUGCGAAGAAUAGUAUUGGGAUGGUAUUUAAUUGUACAUUUUAUAAUUACAUGUGGCCUUUAAAAUAAAAUUCUGCUAGGUAAUAAUCAAGCUAAUUAGCUGUCAUUAAGUUGUAACAUUUAGCUUCCCUUUCUGCACUUCUUCAAAAGCCCCAUCAGCAGGAAGGUUUGAUAGUUGACUUUUCUCUGCAACUGCUAUUACAUAUUAGUUUGGUGAAUUAUUUUGAUUUGUGAAGUUUCCCCUCUCAUUAAAUUAUGUUUUUAGUUAAUCUGUUAAGGCAAAGAAUGUUGUUGCUAUGAAGCCAGUGACUCAUGUCAGGUGUAGUCUGGUUAAAGCUUCUUUGCUUGAAGCAGGAUUAUAUUUACCCAUAUUCAUUUUAUGUAAGAUUGUCAGCAGGCAGAAUAAAAGAAUAUGUUCAUCCACUUCUUCUAGGCUGGAUUUGAAUUCUAGUCUCAGAAAGAAACGAACCAAGUGAUCAUCUUUCUAGCUCCAGCAUGUUUUUCAUUCUUUUAAUCAAUUAAGCUUUCCAUUUACCAAUCUAGCCAAGAGUGAAUAGAUUCAACCUAGUUGUAAUGAGUAGGUAUGAGUAACAAACACUUGAGGGGGGAGGGGGAUAUCAGCAUCAAAAUUGCAGGUCAGCUUGUAAAUAUUUAUUUGUAUGCAGAGGUAAUAUAUUUUAGAUAGUUUGAAAAUUGAGAAGUAUCUUUGAAUUUCAAUAAUUUGUUUAAAUAGCCAGAAAUCAAUGUUUAGAAGU